GCUGCUACAUUUCAUAAAACCGAUUUCUGGUUCUCCGAAUAAAGAGCUUUGCAGAAGACAUAUUUAAUUUCACAAAAAAGUAGAGAAAAAAUGCAGCAGACGGUACAGAUUUCCCAAACCACGGACAAAAUGGUCCUCCGGGGUUCGAAGCGAAAAUCGCAGAACCGGAAACGGUACCCGGAUGUUCCGGUGGCACAGCCGCAGAUUGCAGAACCUGGUGUGCACAAUAUGGAUUGUAGGAAAAAGGACCAAGGAUGCAGUGAGGAAACUGCUUGUUAUCCUUUUGUCGAUGGAACUUAUCGAUGUGUUUGUCCUCAUGAUAGAAGUGAACCUACUGAAGACAUGAAAUGUCCGAAUCGAAAAACAGUUGACAAACAUCCAAAGCCUAUAGACAAUAUAUUCAGCAAACCCAUCGCCCACAACGGUUCCCAUGUCGAUCAAGGACAAAACGAAGGAUUAGGACAAAUUGCGACGGAUCAAUCUUCGCCCCAGGGAGGAUACAACUUUACUCAAAUCAUGAACAGGUGUCAAGAUCAAGCCAACAGCACAAGCCCGCAGAAUUAA